AUGACUCUGGGUUACGAUCUCUUCCGCAGUUACGUUAGUUUCCUAGUUGAUCAAAACAAAUCCACUACUGCCAGUCGAGAAGAAGUGAAAGAUCCCCAUUUAAAAGUGAUACAACGUGUACUGCAGCAGACAACAACGGGGGAAAACUUUGUUAUUUCACCUGCGCAAGCUUUAAAUUUAUAUGAAAAUCUUCAAAUUAACGAAAAAUUCCGAUUCCUUAAAACAUCUUCGCCCAACAUAGAUACACACAACGUCUGUGAUUUUCCCAUAAGGAAUACUACUCUGCUUACAUCCAGCAAAGAUUUAUGCCAAGCGAUUACCUUAAAAGCCAGAUGGUCAUUUAAUUUUCAAACACGCGAUAUACAUAAAGGAGUUUAUCAUGCGAAUAAUGCGAAUAAUACAAAGGAAAUUAAACAAAUUCAUGUCGAUUUUAUGCGUAAAGAUGAUAUUUUCCGCAGUGGUUAUCUUGAGCCCAUACAAGCCAAUGUCUUGGAAUUGCCAUUACAAUUUAAAUCAAUUAAACUUUUCAUUAUUUUACCAAAGUAUUUACAGGACUUAAGUGCCGUAAGAAGGAAGCUUUACGAAAAUCCUGAAUUAUUAUACUUUUGCACCGGAAAUGUGAUGAAAAUGCAACUCGUAAGAGUUUUAAUGCCAAAAUUUCAUAUUUUUUAUGAAUGGGAUCUGAAAUCGCUUUACGACGAAAUUUACUCAGAACAUCUCGGAAGUCAUGCAAAUAUUCUGCAGUCAUGCGAUUUAAUAUUCAACGAACACGGAAUUGGGAGAUACGACACCGCCACGGUUAUGUUUUGGAAUAUUUACUCAUAUCUACGCUUAUCGCCAGCAGUAUUUGAUAUUAAUCAACCGUUUCUAUUUAUGAUAACCGAUCAGGAAGGCAUACAAUUUUUUGGACAAGUAGUUGACAUUUAA